AUUGGCGGCCGUCACCUAAUGGACCCCUUUUGUCUUCACCAUCUACCCGCGAGCCUGUAGCUUGCCAUAUUCCUCGUUGACUAGCUAGCGACGACAACGUUGUCGCAACACAAGCGUCGAUUUGAUUUUUUUUUCUUGCGAAUCAAGCAUGGCGUCUUUCCGUAUUGAAGACAUUUUGGCCCGUCCGCACGGACCGGCGUCACACAGUUCUGGUCGGUCGUCCGAAAGUGGCAGUGGAAUUGGCGUAUCUACUCCGAUCCCGAGUUAUCAACAGCUGAGCUUUGGUGUGGAACAAAUAUUAAGCAGGCACGACAACGAACAAAGAGAACCACGACUUCCACUGCUAGGUAAGAGAUUCAAGGAAGCUAAGCAGUGCUCGAGCAACCAUGAAUUCUUUUGUACAUGUACAUAAGUCUCCAUCGUUCUGCAUCAUGUUAUUAACAAGGAUAUGUUUUAUUUUGUACAGCUCGAUGGGGCAGAUAUUAAGUGUAUUUCUCUCAUAAAUGUAUCAUAAACGAUUUAAUGGAUUUUGACAGAAAAUGAGUGAAAAUUUCACAGAUUGGCACAUUAUGGAAAGAGUAACCAGACAUGCGAUGAACUUUUCACGCUUUACGAUGUUAUCUCUCUGAAUGAUACAAAAAAGGGUAAAAUUAGAUUGUUUAUGACCGGUUUCAGCUAAUCAUGGAGAAACAUGGCUUGUUGAUAGGAACUCAUAUGUCGCGAAGGUAAUAAUCUAUUUUAGAAUUUUUAAGCGUUUCUGGCUAGAGAUGGAAUAUGCUGGUACAGAACAGAGAAAUCAGACACAGCUUUUACUGAUCAUUAAACCGUCUUGGCGACACUUUCAUUUGAAAAGCGGAGCGUAAUGCAGCCGUUAAUUAAAGAAAUACCAUAGCACUGCUAUUCUUUCGGGUAUCCAAAACAGUUAUAAUGUUUUGGCCUUAUCUCGUAAAUAUCACAUCAAACCACAGGUGAACAGGCCAUGGUGAAAACAUUGAACGCUUUGAGUUGUUUAUUCACGAAUCAAUUAGAGCGAUUUGUCGGAUAUGCUUUCCAAGGUUGUUAUCUAGUAGAGAUCGUAGAACAGAAAAAAACAAAACAAAACAACUGUUCAAGGAGGGGGGCUGCCCUUAAAAGCUUAAAAAUGUAAUUUAAAAUCUUAAACGUACUACAAAGGGGCUUACUAGACCGAUCAAACAACGGAAAUAGUAGUGUAUUCAUUGUAUCAAAGAGAUAUUUGCGGAAGUUGCGCUCUUGUGCGAAUAAAACUAUUGGAGUGGAUAUCGCUCUACAGAAGAAAAGACCAGAAAUUUGCUCUCGUCUUUCGUCGGCAAAUAGUUCUUCUAGAUUCAGUGCGCAGCUUACUAACGAAUUUUUUAUACCGACUUGUUAUCCCUGUCAAACGGAAAGUAUAUUCCUCAUGAUUUGCUAGUCGGCACUGACAAUUUUUGGAGGGAACUUUUUCAGCAAGCUGUCUUUGUGUACUUAGUUUGUGAAGGCGACGCAAGAUACGAAAUUACAGAGGAAAAAUGACUCGGCGCUAUGUAACGUUUAAAACCUAAUUUACAAUUUACAAUUGGGUGCUAAACGUUAGGUUCAAAUGGUGACGUUAAAUCAGUGAAAAAGAAAAGCUAACAAUAAACAGUUUAAAAAAUUCGCAGUCGAUCUUAUAUUGUAGUUUCCCAUGGACUUGCUCAUUGUGUACAAUUUCAAAAUAUUCUGACAUGCGAACAGAUCAAUUCAUAGAAACUAAUAAAACAAAUUUAUGUCACUGGUUUAUUUUAUUAAGUGAUAUGAUAGCGUGAAUCUCGUCUCGUGAGAUUUCAAAUUGACUGGUUCUUAUUCAUGAUUACAAGGAUGCUGUUUCACAAAAGAGAUGAAGUAAAAACCGGAGCAAUUCUAUAGUCAACGAAAAAGAAAUCAUCGCGUUUCUCUCUAGUUUGCUUCGAUGAUUCUUAACCCUUUCUUCUUUCAUUUUUUAAGCUUCCAAAAAGGUGCGAAAGAGUGUUCUGUAAGGAUUGAUCAACAAAAAGAAAUGGCUGUUAUUUCCAAAUAGAAAUAAGAGCCAUUUGUUUUUGUUGAGCAGUUCUUUAGAUCAUCUUAAAGACAUCUCUCCUGUAUGCCGACGGGUUUCCUUAAGGCUUCGUCUGCAGUUCAUGUUUCAGUCACUAUGGCCUGACAAAUCUAUCAAUUUCAUUUGUCGAUGCCUUUGAAUCAAACUUCCGACGUAAUUUUAUUAAUUUGGCAGGGCGUGAAAACCAUUUACGUUGCCAAUAAAGAAAAGGUAAUCAAAAUUGGAAUCUGUAGUUAAACUUCAGAGAGUUUUUCCUUGAGUUACAUUUCCGUUUUCACGCCUAAGGAAAAUAACGAAUGAAGGCUCUGGAAAUUGAAUAGUUUUGGGGUGUGGGAAAGAAAGGAAGAAAGAAGUUUAGAAUUUACAGAUUAAAAAAGAAGUAAAAAACAUUUUCUGCGAGUUUCAUUCUCACUACUGAAAUUUCAACUGAAAAUACGCCCAAAAGAUGAAUUGUUCAUAACUUUAUCAUACGGUAAACUCCAACUGAUUUCCCUGAAGUACCAACUUUCGACCAUCCCUUAAUGCGCUUUUCUUUGAAUAAAUUUUAUUUCACUCACUCGCAAGCGACUCAAUUGCUGAAGCAAACAGAGGCAAUGUGUUGAAACAUCGAAGAACUUUAUAUGAUCUUAUAAACGCUUUAAUAAUGUACUAACUUAGCAAGAUCCAUUUUAACUACGUGUAUGGGGCGAUGUCAGUUUGUAAUAACUACAAACCUGGUUUAUCGGUAAACUGAUGAAAUGAUCGUAUAUUUGACAUCUAUUUAAGGGUGAAGCCUAGUAACUAUCAAUUCUCAUUUUUCUUCGAGUAGGAAUCAACCUUGCCGUCCUUUAAUUAAUGGUAGUGUGUUUAGAGCAGUUUUGUAGUUUGUAUCUGUAUAGAAAGUGUUUUUUGGUAAACUUUAACGCGAGGGAAUAAGCCUUGAGUACGAUUUUUGUCUGAUGAAUAGACAAAGAGUCAUCUUACAUCUACUGUACUAGGGCUUAAAGCUACUGUUAGUUUGAAACAGUGUCAUACUUAAUUAAAGGGCCAACUAACAUGCCGAAAUUUCUUUUAAUGCAAGGCAAUACUCGAAGUAAAUUUAAUAUAUGUCUUUCGCAUUUGUUUUCAAAAUAUAGUCUCUUACCCAUUGUUUUUUCUUAAGGCACACAUAAGAAAGUUUGCAACUUUCAACGAGGCGACUGAGUUCUUUUCGCCAAUCUUUUACUAGCUUUAUUAAUGCCUUGAAAUAGUAGAAAGGAACACGUUUCGAGAGGUUCGUUCUCAUUUUCUGUAAAUCUCACUUGUUUUUAGUUCAACACUUCAAAAAUACGAUAGCACAAACAGAGCCGACUAGAAACAGUUUCUUUUUGAACGGGUUGUAUGAUAACAAACAACGCAUAAACUCUGUUAAAGGUUUUACCGGGAUUCAAAACACCAAAGACUAAAUCCGUCUGGCGUUAAAAGAGGUUGCAAGUUUAAGUCAAAACAUAUCAAUUUGAUAUCAAGAGAUUUGUUUUUGAAAUCUUUAAGUUCUAUCGAGCAUUUGUUGGCCGCCAAUGACUGAGAACUAUCAUUAUUUUAAUAGGUAAAAUAGAUUGUUUAGCCUAUAUAGGCCAUCUAUUUAUCCGCUAAACGCUAAAAAUACUUGAUCAGUACUUUCGAUCACAAAAAAACAUACGACGGGCAUUAGUGGACUUGCAAACACAGCAUGGGAUCGUUCCAGGCAAAGGCUUUCAAAACACGAGAUUUAAUACCAUCUUUUAUUUUCCUUUCCUUCGUUAAGAAAAAAACAGCUGGUAUUUCGCUCCAUUCUAUAAAUUUAUCACUUUAUUAUUAUCGCUCUUGCGGUGACAAAUAACAACUCUCAAUAAAGUUGACGACAGCCGCGCGAUCGCUAUGUCGUGAAGGACCGAGGGAUAGUCUAAAAUCUCAAGCAUCGUUUUUUUUUUUUUGCGCAAUGGAGGAAACGAAAAAUGCUCUAGAUUUUUUAGGGUUGACACAUUCAAGUGGUAAGAGGUUUCUGUUAGUGGUGUAUUACAUUUCUAACCAAACCCAAAAGCCUUAUUUCUUCUAAUAGCUGUCAAAGCAGUUAUCAAAGCGCCACGCCCAAAAUAAGUUCAAACAAAACUUGCGUACACAAAUCAUCCCAUCCGACUUGCGAAAAAUGGAUUAGAUGGCAAUUCCUUUGUGCUGGGGAGAGAACAUCACCCUGAAUAAGUAGAGAAGAGAAUGAAGUUCAAGUUAAAUGAAAUCAAUGGGCGACACUCCAACAAUAGCGAAACAAAAGAGUCGCCCCAAUAGAUUGAAUCAGUUUUCUAAAAUCCAUUUACAUGUUUGCAUUGCUUUUUUUAUGAAUGCGAUAAAAGCUGAGAUGGACAUCAUUCGUCAACGUAUCGGAAAGACAAAUAUUUUUACUGCAUAACAAAACUAUUUUCCUUUCAAAACUCACAAAGGACUAUUUAUAACAUACAUCACGAGAACUUUCUGGGUAGCGUGAGAAAGGUUCCUCGAUUACAUGAAUAUCUUAUCAAACUCGUUUAGUUUUUAAUUCCCUAAUACCCCUUAAUUUUAACUAAAGAAUCCUUUUCCAGUGCAUUUUUCUUUGGCCUUGCAAGAAAGACGUCAUUGAUGUCGAGAGAAAAGCUUUUUCGUGAAUGGAGCCACACGUGUUUUUAAAAGUGCAUAACACGUUUCUGGAGGACUUUUUAAAAAGAUGUUGUUUUCAGUACAUAGGCAGGAUAAUAGGGUUACUGUAAGCUUUCAGUGUAAUUUGUAGUGUCUUAAAACAGUUAUUCACAAAUCUCUAUUAAACUUCUUGUGGUAAUUCUUUUUACAUUUGAUAUUUUCUUCAAUAAAAAUAAGCCACCCGCAAGAUAAUUAGUACAGUUCAAUUAGACAAUAAUGCUAUAAUCAGCCAUUCAUAUCUGGCAAAUCUUUCACACAUCAUGUCUAUUUUCUUUAAAUUAGAGGAGGGCCGAAAAUUCAAGGAGCCAGUAUAAAGCAAUGUAUCAUCAACAACUUCAUUUGCACUACUAAUUGAGCAAAAGAACACGAUUAAUUAAGGGGAUGAUUCCAAUUUCUUUGUUACCAUCAACAACAAUAGCAUUCUUUUGCUAGCUUUCCUUGUUUUCCUUCUUGCUUAUUGUAAUGUAAGGUUAACAUUGGCAGCUGGGGGACUAUAGAUGUUAUCGAGGGUGAGUUAUUUUUUCAAAUUUCUCCCACCCACGAAGGGAAAGUGGACUCGGCAAUACGUCAUGAAAUGUUUUCAUAAUGAGAUAAGCACGGUAAUGCCGGCCUGAAGAUGCGGUCAAUAUCAGCAAUAUCUUGAUAUUUCAAAAACAACAAGUGAAAGAAAGUAACUUUGUCUGUUGUUUUUUCGAUCAUGCUCCAACGACGGAAAUUAAACGAGAGGCGAUUAACCUCACAAAGUGCCACCUCGCUAGUUGGUGUGUAUUAAAGAAGGAAGAUUUUGCUUCACGGUAAACAAGUGAAAAAUAGCUUUUCACCUGCAUUACAGUGUUUGCUUCCCACAGGAAUUACUCAUUCACACCCACUGAGUCAACUAAAGAGAUAUAAAAGGCAGCCCUUACUUUUUGACUAGCCUGUGGCUUAAAUCCUAAAGAUUGACCAUUCAAAUAAAAAGCUACUGAGCAGUACUUUCCUGUGGUACUGUUUAUUAUGCUAUACAAGGUGGUUCUAACUUUUGAGUCUGUGGAUGAAAUCCUAUGGUGUGACCAUUCAAAUGAAAGCUACUGAGCAAUAGUUUCCUGUGGUACUGUUUAUUAUGCUAUACAAGGUGGUUCUAACUUUUGACUCUGUGGAUGAAAUCCUAUAGUGUGACCAUUCAAAUGAAAGCUACUGAGCAGUACUUUCCUGUGGUAGUGACACCCUCUGUAACAGACCCAGUGCAAUCUAACUCUUCACUGGGUUCUCGGAGUAAAGGUCUCUGGGUUGGUCUAUUUUCCACUUGUUUUUUUCGUCUUAGUUGUGUACUUCCCAUAAAAGCAGAAAGGGUGGCAGGCCUUACAUAUUUAGUGACAUAAAAACUUUGAACAUCUUUAACAUGUUGCUGUAGCGAGAAGAACUAAAAAAUUUACACUUUUUUUUAUGCGAGACAGAUUACCUUUACCCUCGGUAUUUUGUUUUUGUCAGAUGGUAAUAAUGUUUCGUAUUUUUGUUUCUUUUAAACAAACAUGACCAACGAAAUACUCCUGUCUUGUAGAAAAAAGUCGUGAUAGAAAGUGCCCGGGGAAGCAAAAAAUCAGCUGGGUAGAAACAAACUAUUCGCCGAGUAUCGGAGAGGCUAAAUUAUCACGGGUAGACUGAAUUUAAACCACUGGGUAGGGUUUCACUGGGUCUUUUACAGAGCGGUGUGUACUGUUUAUUAUGUUGUACAAGGUGGCUCUAAGUCUUGAGUCUGUGGAUAAAAUCCUAUGGUGUGACCAUUCAAAUGAAAGCUACUGAGCAGUACUUUCCUUUCGUACUGUUUAUUAUGCUGUACAAGGUGCUUCUAACUUUUGAGUCUGUGGAUGAAUUCCUUUGAUGUUACUGCUCACAUGAAACCUCUUCGACAGAGCUUUUCAGCAAUUCUUGCUUGGCAUUGUACAAACAAAAAAUCAAAUUUUCCUUUCACUGUAAAUUGGGGUUGAAAAGGUUGAUGCAAAGGUUGCCCUCAAAAAUCAUCACUUCAAAAUUGAAAACAUGAAGUUUGUCAGUACCAAAACAUGCAGGCUCAAACGGAUAUCCCUUUCUCGGCCCCCUUGAUGAUCAACAGUGUCAUGCCCCGUGAAAGCGAAUUUGGAUUCCGAAAAUUGGGAAAUUGUUGCUCGUGGAAUCCGGAAUCGGAAUCCUAGGCUUAAGAAUCCGGAAAACAACUCAAGAAAUUCGAAUCCCAAAACGAUUGGAAUCCGGAAUCCAAGUUCCACUGACAAAGACUGGAAUCCAGUACGUGGAAUCCGGAAUCCCCGGCUUGGAGUCUACAAUCCAAGACUGUCUUGGAUUCCCUCACAUGGGGCGAGGUGUCGCAACAGUAUGAAAAAGCUAAGAAAUACACCAUGAUAUCUAAGAACUUUCGCCGAGUAUUCAAAAGUGUUUCUGUUUUGUGUUAAUAUUUCGUGUAAUAAAACUAAAUCUCGUGAGAAAUCUUUGAUAAAUAAUUGACUGAAGAACAUUGUGCUUUAGAUAGCUAAGGGGUCUUUUAUGUCUGACUUACAUAGGUAGCCACAGUUUUGAUUCCUUGGAAGCCUAAGCUUAUAACGAAGAUGAAAUCAUUUUGAUGGUAGCUUCUAUUCUGUGGUACUUUCUUUUACAAGCAUAGCAUAAAACGUCGACUUUAAAAUUUGAAUGAAAGUUUCCUGUAGUAAUUUUUGCAGUACUGUACAAGAUCUGAGGUAGUAUGGAAUGUCACACACGUCUCCAACCCCUUACCCGUGGGGGAAGGAGGGGGGGGGAAAGGGGGAUCAUCGCUUAAGGGGGCAACUUUUCUCUCAUAUAAAAUCUCGUUCAAGUUGAAUCUGCUGGGAGGGUUAAUCUCCUUCCCGGGACAACUUUUCUGCAGAAACGCGGCUUUGCUCGUCCCUAGUCUCUCUCCUUUGUCUCUUAAGAUUCAAUAUUAUUGAGGGAAGCGCGUGGAAGAUGCGACCGGGGAAAGAUGAGCAGCAACUUUCCCUUGAUACUGUUUCCCUAUUGUUCUACAGAAAAUGCUAAAAUCUAUCUUUAAGAAAAAACUGUUCCGAGUAACCGCUUAUUGACUGAGAGGUCGUGCCUUUAACUCUUAACAUCAUCUCGUAUCCCCCAUGUGCCACUCCCACGGCAGAUGUAGGCUUAUCUACUUGCCUGAAUGAAAAAACAACAAAAACAACAAAAUCUGAAUGCUAAACGUAUGCAUUGCUUACAUGAUAGCCUUGCACUCAGGGCCGAGUUGUUUGAAGGCCGAUUAGCGCUAACCUGGGGUUAAAUUUUAAUCCGCAUUUUAUUUUCUUUAGUUCAAAAGCAUUUUCUGGGAUAAUUUUCUGGAUUCUUUUUAGAGCAUCCAAUCAUCAAAUUGUACACAAAAUGAAUUAAACUUCAUGUGCUUUUCAAACCUUCAUAUUUGAAUCCAAAUUUAGAACUAAACCCUGGGUUGUCUUAACCCAGGGAGAGCCCGGCUCAGGGCCCAAUUGUUUGAAGGCCGAUCAGCACUAACCUGGGGUUAAGUUUUAACCUGGGUCUCCUUUUCUUUUCAUCAAAAACAUUUUCUCGGACAAUUUUUACUAUUCUAUUUAUAUUACAGCAUCCAAUCAUCAAAUUGUAGACAAAAGGAAUUAAACUGAAUUAACUUUUUAAGCUUUCAGUUCAUAUCUGAAUUCAAAUUUCGCACCAACUCUGGGUUAUCGUAACCCAGGUUGAAGAACCCGGCCCAGGAAUAUAAUUUCCAAGAAACGCACAAUGAGGACAAAAAGGGAAAUACUGCGUUCUUGGACCAGAUACAUACCAGUGAGCAUUUAUCCGGUUAAGGUCUGAUUGUCUUCAUUGAUAUUUUGUUUAGGGGCAUAUUCAGUGGUUCCUAACACAUGUGAUCAUCUUCACGCGACAUAUUGGACUUCACCGUACUUCACUGCACACCACCAACCAUUCCUGUGCGGAUCUUUACUUCAUCCUACUUGUGACACGUGUCACACCCACAGUCCUUACUCAUACAGCUCGAUAUCGGGUAAGAUAUGGCAUUUAUUAACUGUAAAGUAGAUAAACCUAGUCAAUAGGGGAUGAAGGUCCCGUCUCUUGACCAAGUACAACUCAUGCCCGCAUUUUUAUGCGUAUAAAAUCAGUUCAGAACCAAACAAAACGGAGUUUAAACAACCACGACCACAAGUAAAUCGCCCAAAAAGCAAUUGGUUUAUGAGCAAAACAACGGCCCUGCACGUGCAUCCCGCUUUUUAGUACAUUUCGUUGACGUCCACUGCACCACUACGAUUUGAAACCUCCUAACGCGACGUUUUAUGGAGGACGUGCACAUACGACGAAAAAUUUCCCUUUCUCUCUUUGAACCUCGAUAUUUAAGAAUUCAACUCCAGGAAAAUUGCUUACAUUUGACAAAUUGAAAGGUUCCAAAUAGACGCGAUGAAGUUUGAAAAACUUAAAUUCAUUUUUUAAAGCGACGUUUUCACUGCCGCUGUAGUGGUCGUUGCUUAUGCUCCACACACACAGUUCCUAUUCGUUCUUAUGUGGCUGCAAUUCGGGUCUAUUACUAUCACGCUUGUCACAAAGCAAGGUAGAUCAAGGACAGCAACAUUGUUAGAUGUUACGUCACCUUGAUGUCACCUCCUUAAUCAAUAAUAGGCUAUUGUCCCACUCACAUCAAAGCUUAAACAUGUUUUAAAACUGUUUACUUUAACUCGUAUCAAAUUUUUUUGUUAAAAAAGUUGUUUACUGUACUUUGAUUGAUAGCAAAUUUAGUGUAAUUAUCUAACAUGUUAAAAUUCAGUUGAAUUCUGUGUAAAAACCUGUGUUUAAGUUUUCCAGUUACUGUUGUUCAUUUUUUAUACCAAGUUUAAUUAAACAUGUUUAGCUGGUGUGAAUGGGGCUUGUUUUGCACUUAUAGAUGGAAACGAGGAUGAAGUUGACCUUGUUUUGGCACUACCCUUCCUGCUUCCUUGAAAUUAUGUUGUUCUUAUGCUAAACAAUAGUUUUCAAGCAUAAUUUCGGCAAGAAAACAAAGGAGGUUUAUAUGAAAACAAGUUCAAUCUCAGCCUCACAUUCACUCGACGGCUAGGUUUUCUAAAACCUCAACUGUAAAAUUCUUUAAUAAGAGCACGCACGCAUUGUUGGGCAAACACCGUUCCGCUCUGGCUCUUGUGACCUUUAGCUAUUACUACAUCACUCACUCCUUGUAACUAUUGGAGUGGACAUAUCAAAAGUUUGAUAUAUUUUUCUCGGCAAGAGAAUAACAUCUAAUUUACAAUCCACUGUUAAUUCUAUAGGAAUUUAUGGAGACUACAGUGCCACAGUUCUCAAUAAAACUAUACCGGGUCAAGUCUUACCCGGCCAACCAAAACCGAGAAAGCCAAGGAGGCCCUGGACACGAGCAGUGUUUUCAAAUCUACAGAGGAAGGGCCUAGAAAAACGGUUCCAGCUUCAGAAAUAUUUAACAAAAGCUGAUCGCCACCAGCUGGCGUCCAUGCUGGGGUUAUCUGACAACCAAGUUAAAGUAUGGUUUCAAAACAGGCGAAUGAAAUGGAGGCAAGAUGCUAGAGAAACAGUAGCCUCUGGUAGCUCUGAAGAAACCACCGAAAGACAAGAGCAGUAGUUGUUUGCAAAUUUAACGUCACCUAGUCACGAUUGACCGGUGUAAUGCUUAUAGAAACGAGCGUCAUGCUCAAAACGGCCAUUAAAGGAGUACUGUACUGUAAAUACCGAUGAAUGCCAGAUAAGCUUUCGCGUUCACACGUGAAAAGAUCACUGUUGUUGUGGUUAUAAUAUAUCGCAGCAAAAAUACACUUAAGUGUUGGUGUUUCAUUGGUGUUUAUAUAAUAAACAUUUCACUCGUUCUCUGCGAGUAAUUUCGUAUCUCCGAGCGGCCAUGUAAGAUCCUCUAUGUAUUGUAUCGAAUUGUAUAAAGAGGUAUACUAGUCUUAAGUAGGGGUUCGCAGUUUUCGAACUGUAAACGCAAAACUUCAGCCUGAGGAAACAGUCGACAUUUUGCGAGGCCACCACUGGUUUCCCCGCGAAAUUCCAUACUAAUGACGUGUCACAACCCAGAUGUGGGUAGUACUUCUGAUUGCUGCAACCAAUCGGAAAUACCACCCAGAUCUGCGUAGUGACCCGUCAUCGGUACGGAAUUUCCGCUCUCGUUUUUCAAACGCCAUUUCGCGGGAAACCAUCGGUGGCGUGAGGAAAUGUGGGCUGUUUUCUCAGGCGAGCAAAACUUUACUAUUUUAGUCGUUCCAGUUCAUUUCAUAUUGGGACCAACUUUCAUUUUGGGACUACCACCUUCGUUCUUCUCAAGAGCGGUACGAUCUCAACAGCAGUCAAAAGUCUCCGUCAUUUUCCUUUUAGAAAAUAUCACUUAUUAUCCUUUUAAUGGUGAUUUCUUUUAUUCACCAUCAAGUGGGAAAAAAAGACAAGAAUAUAUAAAAUAGUCAAUUAAUGUAAAAAUCUUUUAAUUUAUUCUCAAAAUUAUGGGCUUCUUUUAGUUGAAAACGAUUCUCCUCGAGCAAACAUAUGCUCAUAAAUGGCACCGGCGAUUCUGCAGAUUUAAAUUUCAAACACUAGAUUGGAAACGUGAUGUUUCCACGUGAUUGGAAACAUUUCAAAAAGUUAUUAAUUAAAAUUAACAUUGUAUUGGUAAUCCAUGCAACUAUGAACAGUGGAAGAACCAACCUUAACUGUGAAGCAUUUUGCUCAGCUUGUGCAAAUAUCUCAAGGUCAAAUCAUCGCGCCUCUUUGGGCGCUCUGAGAAAAACUAUUCGUUUUUACAUCGUCAAUUUGUUUGAGAGGUUAAACGAACACUCGACACUUUGUUUCGCUUCUCACAAUCACAUCAAAAGUUCCACAUUUUCCACGCCCGUUGUGGUUGUUUGACUUUUUGAUGAAACACUUCCUCUUGUGUUUAAUCUGUUACCUGAACGCGUUCAAAGUUAUCAUUGGCGAAUUGUAAUAACUAUUUGCUUUUAUAAAGCGUUUUCACUCUGUAGUUUUCUAGACUGUUGUAGUUUGGUGCCCGAAUAGCAGAAUGUAAACUAAACCGUUAUUUUGUACAGAAAAAUUAUUGUAGAAUGUGAACUUGACGCAUGGCAAAUCACUAGAGAGAGUCGCCCUUGGCAAUUAUUGACGUUUAAAGUAAUAAAUAAUUUUGGGUCUUGUCGAGAUAGAAUGAUAGGAGAGAGAGAAAAACGCCCCGUCUACCCCUUGGGAUAGAGUAGGG